CAGGAAUUGCGUCUGAUAAUAGUACGAUUAUAUUUUCAGGAACCAGCCAAGCAACCCCUCAUGUUACAGGAAUGAUAACUUUGAUAAUUGCAACAAGUGGAAAUUUACCUCCAGAUCAAAUGAGUGCUGCUAUUGAUAAAUUAGCAACACCAGAUGUAGUUACUGGUAAUAUUCAGGGUUCGCCAAAUAAAUUUGUACGUGUUCCGUUCUGUACUCAAUCCCAAAAAGGUCCAAAAGAAACUCAUUCCCCAAAAAGUCCAAAAGAUAAAAAAUAUCAUCAUUAA